AAAGAGGGCGACGAGUGGCGCUUGCGGCCAGACUCGCUUUGCGCCUUCCGAGGUGAGGUUGUGUACGAGCGCGCUGCAGCAGCCGGCUUCGCCGUCUUCAUGAGGAUCUCGUAGACGACGACGCGCCCAACUCGGAUUACGGUGUCAUCCCGCAUUCCCCGCUCCUAGCAUCAUGCCGCGCUCCUUUCUCAUCAAGAAGCACUCCAGCGUCGGUGCCCCGGUGUCCCGACCCGUAACCGUCGUGAAGCGGCCCUGGCUCGACGAGGGCUCCGUCGAAGCCGAGGAUCUGAGCACGUCUCCGCCUCCGCCUGCCAGGACGCCGCUUGCCCUGUCGCCGGCUCUCUCGGACGGCUGCGUACCCGAUGUCACGCGACCCUUCGACCUGAGCCUGAAGACGAAGAAGCCAGGCUCGCGACCCGAGUACCAUUCGAUUCACCGGCCGGUCGCCAUCACGCCGCCACCCGGGAUCGCCCUGAUCGCGCCCAAGGGAGACCGCGGAGCGAGCAACCCCCUGGACUGGCCCCAGUACCUGGCGCACGCGUACGCGCCCUUCUCGCUCUAUCCCGUGCCUCCGGCGGCAGACUACUACCCGCCCAUGGUGCCCGCACCGAUGGUGUCCAGCAGCCACCCCAUGACGCCCCACGAGCUCUCGGCCAAGCAAAGUCCCCCGCAGCGGGACGCCGUGGUGCCCUCCUGGUCGUCGGGGGUGUCCUCUUCCUCCUCGGACGAAAAGGAGUCCAGUAGCGCAGACUCCCCCACGCCCGAGGCUCAGCGUCGGCGGCGCACCGAGGGAGCACCGCGUUACCCGUGCACGGGCUGCAGUCGCAGUUACUCCACGUACAGCGGCCUGUCCAAACACCGGCAGCUCCACUGCUCAGCCACCACCACCAAGUCCUUCUCGUGCAAGUACUGCGAGAAGGACUACUCGUCGCUCGGGGCGCUCAAGAUGCACAUCCGCACGCACACCCUGCCCUGCAAGUGUAAGCUGUGCGGUAAGGCCUUCUCGAGGCCCUGGUUGCUUCAGGGUCACAUUCGCACGCACACGGGCGAGAAACCGUUCGCCUGUCCGCAUUGCAGCCGAGCCUUCGCCGACCGCUCCAACCUGCGCGCCCACCUACAGACGCACUCAGACGUCAAGAAGUACAGCUGCAAGUCGUGCAGUAGGACCUUCUCGCGCAUGUCGCUGCUGCUGAAGCACGAGGACGGCGGCUGUCCAGCGGCCACCCUCAGUCGGAGCAACGGCGCGUGCACACCCCAGGCCGUUCCGCAUGUUGCCUGCUAGCGGGCAAAGGACAUUUAGAACACAUUGUGAGUGGGGGAAUUGCGUAUUUAUACAGUGUUUUCAUGUAUGCUCUAGUCGCAUAUAUACAAGUUUGUCAUUUGCACUCUUGAGCCGCGCACUCUGGCUGGAGCCAGUGUCGUGGCUCGCAGAAGGACCGAAGAGCCCUCACCGGUUGAGUUCGCAAAUAUGCCAGGCACUUCUUAUUUAUUUGAGCAUAUUCAUUUCUUCUCACCCUCAUUUGUACUCCUGUUUGUACGUGACAUCACAUCUUCCAGAAUUCCCCGUCGUAUUUAAGUUCGGAGUUCAUAAAAGCAGCAAUUAAUUACCAAAGAUUGUUUCCCCUUUUGCGUCAGUCGCGCAAGCAGGGUUGUGUAACAUUGCCAUUUUACAUGCGGUCCUCGUUGAAUUUUCGCUCGCACGGGCUGGGGCAGUUGGUGCCUCGCUACGCUCUGUCUGGUGCCCAUUCUUCGACUCAAUUGCGCUCGGAGGAUGUCCCUUCCUUGGUUAGACCUUCCUCUGUUCGCCGGCCUUGCACUCAAAGGUCUGGCUGGCUAGCCUGCCUUUCGUUUAAGUUUUCUUUUCUUCUUUUCAAUGAUAGUGCACCACAAGCUUAUCUGCGGAUGCCACACCUGCCUCGUAAACAAAAUCUCUGACUGAUUUUUUUCCCCCGCUUUCUUUGGUUAAAGUUCACAGUCCCUCCUGGUAGGCAGGGCUAAACGGCAGAGCUGUGCGAGGGAACACCACUGCCCCUCAAGGAAAGCUUGUUGCGGCGACACGGACGUGCGUACAAAAAGUGACCUUAUAUCUUCCGGCUGCAGGCACGCGUUGUUGCCCAGUCGAUGUCGCGUUUCCAAGUGCCAUCAUAGUCUCGUACCUGUUCAACUUGUACAGAAAGUGCGAGCUGCGUACUACGUUCCCGCUGUUUUGUCAUGUGCGCAAGUAUAUGUGUCUCAUCGCUUACGUCCUUUUUUAUUUCAUUUUUUUAUGUGAAAACAUGAGCUCACUUCAAAUUGUAAAUACUGCGCGUUUGUUGCCAUCUUCAUCAUCCGGUUAGUCCUAGUCAUCGAAUUUCAUUUUUGUUCGAAUGUCGUUGCCAUAUUGUUCACAAUGAUUCCUUCGCGGAAUGCUAGGGAGAGAAACAGAGAGAAAGAAAACAAAGCAGGUUUGUCAUGUUUCGUGGUGGGGCUAAGUUGCCCGUUUCAUUGUGCCGCCAUCACUGUCACCUUUGCCUCGGCCUGUUGAUACAGCACGCACUAUGCUUUUUGUGUGUUUGUUACACGAACAUGUUAAUCGUCUCUGAGGGACACGAAAGAAAGUUCACAUUGCUAGAAUUCUUAACAAAGCAAUAAACUACUUUUGACCUUUA